GUAUGAGAGGGGGAUAUUCUGAUCCUCAAGGUCGUUGUAGUCGACAGGAUUGUAUUACAGUCACUACUCUAUCAACAAUACCGUACUCAUCAACAAUUGAAUGUCACUUUUCAACGUGGAAAGUAUUGGAAUUCUCUUUGCUGUAUAUGUCGUUACUGUGGUUCUCAUCUGUCCUUACACGAAAGUGGAGGAAAGUUUCGGCAUGCAAGCCUCACACGACUUGCUCUAUUUGCGAACUAACAUAACUAUGUACGAUCAUAACUAUUUUCCAGGUGUUGUACCGAGGUCGUUUCUGGGUUGCUUGUCUGUUGCCUGGAUUGUAUCGCCGCUAGUGUACAUGAACACCUUGUUAGGAAUGCAUAAGUUCAUUUCCCAAUACAUUGUUAGAAUGUGCUUAGGAUUAAUAAUGGCCCUGAGUUUGAUGAAUUUCGCACAUUGCGUGAAGAAAGUCUUCGGAAAACAUGUAUGCAUACGUCUUCUUAUAAUCUGCUGCAGUCAGUUCCAUUUGGCGUUUUAUGCCUCACGAACGCUACCGAACACAUAUGCUUUCAUACUUGUCUUGUAUUCAUUGGGUCAUCUGAUCACUCGCAAUGAAACUAAAUUUGUUGCAUCAGCUGGAAUUGCAAUUCUUGUGUUCCGUAGUGAAUUAAUUUUGCUAUUUGGUCCAUGUCUUUUAUAUGGUUUAUUCACUGGAUCUGUUAAACUUCGGUUGAAAUUGCUUAAGACAAUCAUUACAACUACUAUCAUCAGUAUCGGUUCCAGUGUUUUAGUUGAUUCCCUAUUAUGGGGUAGAUUAAUCUGGCCAGAAUUUGAAGUAUUUUAUUUCAAUACAAUUUUAAAUAAAAGUGGACAAUGGGGAAUAUAUCCAUUUCAUUGGUAUUUCACAUCUGCAUUACCGAAAUCACUUUUAUCCACUUAUAUAUUAUUAUUUACAUGGAUUAUUAUAAUCAUUCUCUCAAUACCUUUACAAAAAUGUUUUGGUUACCAGUAUAACAUAAUCUAUUUACAAUCUAAUGGAUUAUUAUUAGUUGGUUUUAUAUUCGUUGGUUUAUACUCUUUCUUACCUCAUAAAGAAUUACGUUUCAUUAUUUAUAUAUUGCCUAUAUUCAAUUUAGUGGUAGCAGAUAUUUGGGCUUAUUUAGAGAAACCAAUGCUUAAAUUGAAAGGAACAUAUAUGAAUUUAAUUAAAAAUUACCAUAAAUUAAAUAGAAUAACAAAAUUUCGUAUCUUAUUCAUUUUCUAUUGUUAUAUACAUCUUCUUGUUAAUAUAGUAUGUUCCAUUAUAUUAAUAAUGAUUGCAAGAAGAAAUUAUCCUGGUGGUGAAGCAUUAACUAAACUUAAUCAUAUGGAUCAUUUAAUUCAUCGAACUGAUGUUCAUGUUCAUAUUUGUAAUUUGGCUGCACAAACCGGUGUAACACGCUUCUUAGAAGAAAACAACCAAUGGAUUUACAAUAAAACAGAAGGUCUAGAAACUAAUUUCAAUCUAUUAAACUCUUCCAAUUUUACACAUAUUAUAUCAGAACUAUCAACAGAAAUAAUCAAUCGAGAAUUAUCAUCUUUCAGACAAAUUCUUCAAAUUGAUUGUUUCCAUGGUAUACAUUUUUAUCCAAGUUGGUAUCUUUGGAAUAUAAUCAAUAUCAAUAUUCAUCCAUGUUUAUUUAUUUAUGAAAGGAAAACAUUUGUUUAAUUCAUUUCAAUUUGGUAUAGGAAUCUUUUUUUUUUCUUAUUUACUUGGUUUUUGUAAAUUAUGAAGUACAUUUUAAUUAUUAUACCAUUUUGUAUAUGAAUUUUUAGUUUAUGAGUUAUAGUUAGGUAUGGAACUAUCAGUACCCAAAUAUGGUCGAGGGUGGAGAGAGUCAGCUCUUCCUCUCAAAAUGUUCUCACAUGAUCACUCAUAUACAGCCAAUGACAGGGAAGUCCUACUCGUUACCUUCUCGUAUUGAAGGUAUCGUUUACGAAAUUGAGAGGACGAUAAGCGAAUAUCUGGCGCUUUAACCGGGUUGGUGGAUAUAGAGGAUUGACAUAGAGGAGUUAGUUGGGAAACCCUGAUUCCAAACUAAUGGUGCAUAUGGGCUCUAGGAUCCUGAGGGAACAAAUAGUGUAUGAACCUAUUAUUGGUCACCGGCUACCGUGGGAUUGCAUCUCCUAACGUCGCUUCACUGUCUUGUGCAUCAGACCUUUUAGGUCAAAGGUCUGGGGAUUGGCCCCCUAAGGAAACUACCUGUUUCAGUUUGGGCACCCGUGCAGUAUACUAGCCUUCUUGUACCAAUGUUUAUGUGUUUAAAUAAAUAAAUAACUGUCAGGGGCGUAGAAGCAGAAAUCUAUCAUAUAUAAUUGCGUACACUAACUGUUUUGAAUGAAAACUUUAUUUCGCAUGGUUUCAGUACUACUUGUGUAGAAUGACUUGUAUGUGCAGCAUAACCAGACCAUAUUUUGACAUACAUUUACACUUUGAACUGACAACACUUAAUAACCACAUGUAGGUUCAUACACUUGGUUAUGAGCUGCAUCUUGAGUGUAAGGAAUAACAUGUCUUUCUAGCUUAUUACACUACUGCUACUUACUAAUUGAUUCCCAAUGGAUCAAACAAAGAUGGUUUGCAGUUUUGUACGUUUUAGAGAAAUCUACUAAUUCCUAUUACGUCGAACUGCCUGUUUUGUCCAACUUCUAUAUAUUUUAUAUGGAGAAAAUAUACUGUCUAUAUUAGUACUUGAACUAUCAAGUGUUAUAACAUGUUUUAUGACACAGCAAUCGUAUCUUGAUGACCCAGUUAGACGAUACUGGCUAGAACACUUGUUGCAUGAGGUUCUGGCAUGCGAGACAAGUCGGUUGAAUGAUUAAAUCGUAAUACUUAGUGUGUCGCAAUAUGACGACAGUGGGUGGUUUACCAUAGAUGGCUAACCUGUUUAGCGAUCUGCCUUCUUGCAACUUGGUUUAGAAAAUGUCAUCUAUUAUAACAGCUCUCAUUACCUAGUGAAUUUUUAGCGGUAAGGUCGGAAAAGUAGUAAGCUAGGUAGAUCUCUUUCAACAUGAGGAUGUCACUAAUGUACUGAGAAGCGAAGUCGAGCUUUCUCGCAACCUCGCCCAUCAAUGUUUGCAGGGUUCCGGUUUCAUUUAAAUGAGAAUUGUAUCCAAAGAAAUUCACAAAGUCUGGAAGAUAAUAAUGGUUGGUUUUUCUGUAUCUCCGUGCUACUGUGAAUUAACAAUAGGUCAGCUUCUUUGAAAAACUUCCUGUGAGGUCAAAGAGAAAUCGGAUAACGAUGUAGAGAUGUUUUCUUGUUUAUUCUUCGGUAAUCACAUGAGCAUGAGCUGCUGUUUCUUAUCUCACAUUUGGAGUGGGGAGGCCCAUGGGCUAUUAAAUUUUCGAAUGACUCAGAGCUCCAUUUUUCUAGUGAAUGACAUCGUGGUCAAUCACGAAGGAUAGUAAGUGGGGUAUAGCACUCCAUCUUUGUCUUGAUCUUGUGGUUAAUUUAUUAUCACUAUAAUUAUUGCUAUCCCACAUACUUUGUAAAUGAAUCCCUUCUGUUUAAACGUCUUUACAAUUCUUCGAUUUACGCUUGUAAUUAUUUCCAAUAUCAUUUCAUUUAAGCACAUUUAACUACCUUAAUCCAUCUAUAACAUAAUCUAAUAUUAAAUUAUUAGUUUGACACCCCUUUUCUGUUUACACAUUCUGAAGAAGUUAUCCAACCUUGUCUUGUUAUCAUGUACAAUUAAUAGCCCAAUAAUACGAUUAUUUUUUUAUGACAAUGUGUUUAUUCACUACUUGAAUUUCCUCAAAGAAUAAAGACUCAAAUUUUCCUUCUCAAAGAACAGUUGUACAGUUUGAUAAUAAAUUAUUUAGCAAGAGAUGUUUAUGC